AUGGAUGUUAGGGUCAAGUUACGGAAAUUCGAGCGCUUAGAAUCGACUUAUACCGAAUUACUUCGGUCUUAUCGAAUUGCCCACAGCCGGGAGACCGUCGACAACGAUAGCACAAGAUUUGAGGCAGACACGAGCCACUCCAGCGGUGGCCCAUGGAGCACGGAUGGCGCUAAGGUUAGAUCAUCCUCGGAACUUUUCUCCUUCGACGCCGAGAUCCGGGAUGAUUCGAGAGCCCGCACCCAGGAGAUCGAGACUCUAAAGAGGAAGUACAGUCGCUUCGAUGCGAACUAUCUAUCGCGAAGGAGACAGGCUCGGACCUAG